ACAACAAGUUAGUAUUACCAAUGGAUAUCAAAUGCAGAAUGCAAUGCAUAAUGAUUGAAAAGUGGGUAAAAAGACGUGAACAUAUACGACGUCAUUGUGAUCUUAUCUUCCACUCUUAUUAGUUGUUAAAAGCUUUUUUAGAUUAACAACUCUUAAGAAACUCUCUUAAAAAGAUUAUUUAAACGAACUCUUUUCGGUUCGGGCUAGUUACUAAACAUAAAACAUUUAAGAAAGUAAAUUAGUUUGUGAAUGGAAGUUAAUACGAUCGGUCGCAUUAACUAUUUAUAAAGAAAUUAACGAACUGUCGAAGAUAAUAACUAAUGUGCUGAUAGAAAACCAGUUAAGCCGUGUCAUAUUUUGAAAGAAAUGGGAACAUUAUCACUAAGUGAUUACGAGACGGUGAAGAUCCCAGUGCCUUGGGGAUACAUUUCGGGUCGUUGGUAUGGCAACCGAAAAGAGCGACCCAUCCUGGCGAUCCACGGCUGGCUGGACAACCUGGGCACCUUCGACCGGCUGAUCCCCCUACUCCCCGACUACAUAGGAGUACUCUGCAUUGAUCUGCCUGGACAUGGAAGAUCUUCGCACCUACCGCCGGGAGUCUACUACUCCGUCUACGAUUAUGUGUUUAUAAUUCCGCUUGUGAUGAAGGAAUACGGAUGGUCGAAGGUCUCCCUCAUUGGUCACUCCUUAGGAGGAGUCCUGUGCUUCAUAUUCGCCGCUCUGUCCCCUAACACAGUGGACAUGAUCGUCUCCCUGGACAUAUUGCUGCCGCAUAGAAAUGAAGUAAAGUAUAUGGCCUUGAGCAUAGAAAAGCAACUUUUGGAAGUGGAGCGGCAAAAACUGGGAAAUUACACAGAGCCACCCUCCUACACAUUCAGUCAGUUGGGAAAGGUUCUGGCAAAGGGAAGCUUAAACUCCGUAUCCCCCGACCUGGCCCAUCACCUCCUCUACCGUCAGUUGAAAAAGUCGAAGCUAUAUCCUGAGAGGUACUACUUCGCCAGGGAUGGACGAGUCAAGCACUAUCACUAUAUAGACAUCGAUCAGGGACUUGGCGCCGAAAUGGCGAGACGGAUCCGCAAGAAACCCUACUUAAUUAUUAAGGGAUCUUUGUCUCCGUCUUUGUCACAACGUUCUGAUGAAGCUUUGAGUAUUUUGGCAGAAGACAACCCUCACUUCGAGUUAUAUGAAGUGGAGAAUGGCACCCAUCAUAUCCAUCUCCAUGCCGCUGAGGAGUGCGCCAGUUACAUCGUGCCUUUCAUCCAACAUCAUCGACCACCUGCCUUGACCUCCUGGACCCUAAGUGGAAAAGAGGAUGGCCCUAGUUUAAAGAAGCCGAAAGGAUUCUUUGCGUGGACCAAGAAAAAGCGAAGCAAGUUGUGAAAUCUGAAGUGUACGAAGUCCACUCUAGUAUUAACCCACUACAGGCAUCAAAUUACAUUUUAAUUACAACUACGGAAAGUAACUUACUCCUUCAUAAUUCUUUCACUUUGAAAGAUCUUUAAGUAUUACUAUCCAUGUAAACCUGUUAUGAUUUUGUUUAAAUAAACAAAUGUACAUAAGUAAUUAAAAUAAAGAAUAAUUUAAAAAAGGAAAUGUCAAUGAAA